AUGCACACCACUGAUCUUUAUAUGCACUGUGCAGCAGCAAUACCAGUGAAACCAGCUGUUCUUGCCAUUGCCAAAUCUCCAGAUGCACAGACGAUCGGAUCAACGAGACGGCGGCAGAUGGCCGGCAUUUGUGGAAGUAUGGACGCGGUACUAGUGAAUCAAUUUCAACUGAACGUCCAUUUGAUGGAACACGAUAAUCGUCGCUGUUGUCCCCACUGCUUGCGGCCAUUCGCCUUGGCUCAACAUCUACUCAGUCACGUAGCCGAGGAACACAAUGAGGAGCAACCACUACAUUGUUGUGAGAUGUGUGAUGAAAGCUUCCGAUUUGCCGUUCAACUGGAAAAUCAUGUACUCAAACAUGUGGCUGAGCCAAAAACUGGAUCGAGGUCUGCCCCACCAUCACCUAGCGAAUCGUUCGCCUGCCAGCAUUGUUCCAUG